CAGGGCAAGAAGAAAGCGGGGUAAUCUUGCGAGUAGCGACGAUAAUCUAGCGACACAGGAGACAGAGAGAGAGGGAGAGAGGAACGAAGAAAGCGACGGAGGGAGGUUUGAAGCAGAAGAAGAGAAGGGGAAUAUUGGAUCAAGGAGAAAGGUGAACUCAACUGACUAGAGCUUCAAACCUUCAAAAGGCGAACUCAACUGACUAGAGCUUCAAACCUUCAAAAGGUUAUUGAAAUCCUUGAAUCAAGAUCACUCCUUCACUGUCGGGGACAAUGGUUUAUAUUAGUGCAUGGGACGAGUUUGUUGAGCGAUCCAUUCAGUUGUUCCGUGCAGAUCCUGAAUCUACACGGUAUGUCAUGAAGUACAGGCAUUGUGAUGGCAAGUUGGUACUUAAAGUUACUGAUAACCAACAGUGUCUGAAGUUUAAGACAGAUCAGGCGCAAGAAGCAAAGAAGAUGGAAAAACUUAAUAAUAUAUUCUUUGCUUUGAUGGCCCGUGGUCCUGAUGUGGAUAUAUCAGAAGUGACUGGGAAAGAUCAAAUGGAUGCCCAACCCACUAAGAAAGGAAGAGGGAGAAAGCAAUGAUUUGGCUUUCUCUUCUCAAAAUGAUUUUUGAUGAGUCGUUGGACCAAUGUGUGAUCUUGAAUAGUCUUCCUCGCCCCAACCAGCCAUGGUUCUCACAAAACUUGAUUGCUUACUUCCCCAUUCAUUACAAAGUCCAUUUUAUUUUCAAUGGCUACAUUAAGUCUGGUGAUCCAUACAUGCAGCAGUAUUUGAAUCCUUGAUUGACUAUAUGGCUUUCAUGUGCUUGACGUCUGUUUCUCUAUCAAAGCAUAGAUUAUAAGACGUUGACGGAGCACAAGUUUCAAAAUAUUAAAGGCGAAUGCUCGGCUUCUAGCUCUCUUUGUUUUUUUUCUUUUUGGCCAAGCACAUGUAUCUUUUUAUUGGAAGUAGCCCUAUUAGAGGUAUUUUUUUCCAGUAAGGAUUUAAACCUUAGUUUGUCAUGUUGUGAGGAACUAGUUUUUUUUAUCAUACCCAACUGCUCUAGGUGGCUUCUAGCUUUCAAUUGAUGAAAAUCUUACCUCUA